AACCAAAUGAUACUGAAAUUUCUGAUGUCAUUGAUAUUAAUGCAUUUAUUAGUAAACUUAUUGAGAGUGAAUUUAAAAGGGAAUUAAAUAAAUUUAUUGAUAGUAAAGAUGGAUGUAGUAGCAAUCUUAUAUUCUUAAGUCUAGUCGAUCAAAAGAUUAAUAGAGUAUUUCUAGAGAGAUAUAAUUUUUCAAAUGAAUUUAUUAUGUUUAUCGAUAAAUGCAAGACUAUAGCCUUUGAUAAAGACAAUCGAACUAAAUUUACUAACAAUAUUUUAAACGAUAUUCAAUCAAUCAGAAGUAAAUUAGAUGAUAAUGAAAAUAAUAAAAAGACAUUGAUUAAACAUUUGGAUAAUUUAUCAGAAAUAUGCGAUUUAGUUCAG